AUGGAGAUAGAGACCAUCGAGCUAGGCGAGACGAUUCCCGUGAUCGAGCCAGAGGACGACGCGAAGGUACUGCUGACUCUCAUCCACGAAGUAGGCGAGGCGGAAGUGAAACCAAAACCUGCGCCCGCCCAGUCCGAUGCCGAUAAAAAAGUUGAACGCCUCGCAAAAUUAGCAGCAUGGAAGAAGAAACAGGAAGAAAAAGAGAAACAGAAAGAUCCAACUCCAGGUGGAACGCGGAAGCUUCUAGCUGAAAUGGACCAAAAAGCUAACACUGCUACUUCUAAUUCAACGCCUACAGGAGCAUCUCCAGCGCCGAUAUCGCCUGCCGAGACUCAAACGACCUCGCCGGCGGCUCCGUAUGCCGGUAAAUUUGACCCCAAGGCUAUCGCGAAGAAAUCCGCUCCCAAGACACAUAUCCCAACUACAGCACCUAAAUUAGGGGUCGUUGCGGGUCAACCAUCAACAACAAGUCUCCCGUUAGCAACUAAAGCUCCACGUGUUUCUGCUCUCCCACAAAGUAGAGCUAAGACAAGCGGUUUUGGUUUCCACAAGCAGAAUGCGGAAACUGAGAAGGUUUCGCAGAAGCGGAAAUUAAUGCUAGAUGAAGACGAUUCGUCAGAUAGAAAACUUGCUAAGCUGCCUUCCCUCCUACCCCUUGGCGACGUUGAUGAUACGCCAUAUGAGAACCAGGAUGAGGAGGACGACGACGAUGAUGCGGAUCACUUCGCUGGAGAUGAAGCUGAAGAGGCUGCUCUCGCUCGCGCAGCCCAGGAGAGACGAGAGGAACGUAUCGCGCUAGAGAAUGCCCAGCAAGGAACGGAGAUGCAAGUUGAUCACGGCGAAGAGGAAUCCGCCCCGGACACAAAUGGUGCGCCUCAAGCUACUCAUCCGAAUGAGGCCAUGGAAGUAGACGAGGAUGUUGACCCCCUUGAUGCUUUCAUGAAUGAUCUCGAGACUAAGCCUACAGCGAGUAAACUUCCCAAAGUAGGACCUAGCAAGAGUAAGAAUUCACAGGAACCUGAGGCGUACUUCAGCGAUGACGAGUACGACUACCGGAAUGAGAACGUAGAGCCCGACUCGUUCUUAGCUAUCGCGGCCAAAGCUCGCAAGAAGAAGGACAUUCCAUCAGUUGACUAUAGCAAAAUCGAUAUAGAGCCGAUCCGAAAGAAUUUCUGGGUUGAACCAGCUGAGUUGGCAGAAAUGACCGAAGCGGAAUUGGCAGACCUACGCGUCGAACUGGACGGAAUUAAGGUGUCUGGCAAGGACGUACCUAAGCCGGUCCAAAAAUGGUCCCAGUGCGCCCUAUCACGAAAGACGCUUGACAUCGUUGAUAGCUUGGGCUACGAAAAACCUACGCCGAUUCAAAUGCAAGCCUUUCCCGCGAUCAUGUCUGGUCGAGAUGUAAUCGGUGUUGCGAAGACUGGCUCAGGAAAGACCCUCGCUUUUCUAUUACCUAUGUUUAGGCAUAUCAAGGAUCAACGGCCACUUAAGGAGAACGAAGGUCCUAUUAGCCUGAUCAUGACUCCUACACGUGAGUUAGCCACCCAAAUACACAGAGACUGUAAACCAUUCCUAAAAUCGAUGAAUCUACGGGCGGUCUGCGCGUAUGGCGGUGCACCCAUCAAAGAUCAUAUCGCCGAGUUAAAGAGGGGCGCAGAAAUCGUUGUUUGCACUCCAGGUCGCAUGAUCGAUUUGCUGGCAGCUAAUCAGGGCCGCGUGACGAACUUAAAGAGAGUGAGUUAUGUCGUUCUUGACGAAGCAGACAGGAUGUUUGAUAUGGGUUUCGAACCUCAGGUGAUGAAGAUAUUUGCCAACAUGCGACCUGAUCGGCAAACGAUUCUCUUCUCGGCUACCAUGCCGCGUAUCAUGGAUGCUCUAGCCAAAAAGGUCUUAAAUAGUCCGGUAGAGAUCACCGUCGGGGGUAGGAGCGUAGUUGCCCCCGAGAUCACCCAGGUUGUGGAGAUUCGAGAAGAGAAUACGAAGUUCGUUCGCCUGCUUGAGCUCCUGGGCGAGCUUUACGACAAGGAUGAAGAUGCCCGAACGCUGGUGUUCGUAGAGCGGCAGGAAAAGGCAGAUGACUUGCUAAAAGAGUUGAUGCGCAAGGGCUAUCCCUGCAUGUCAAUUCACGGCGGUAAAGAUCAGAUUGACAGAGAUUCGACCAUCGAGGAUUUCAAACACGGCAUUGUUCCGAUCCUCAUUGCAACAUCCGUGGCAGCUCGAGGUCUGGACGUCAAGCAGCUGAAGCUAGUUGUGAAUUACGAUGCUCCUAACCAUCUCGAAGAUUAUGUGCAUCGUGCUGGUCGUACCGGGCGUGCUGGUAACAAAGGAACAGCUGUCACUUUCAUCACUGGAGAACAAGAGAACUGCGCACCAGGAAUCGCGAGGGCCCUAGAACAAAGCGGCCAGUCAAUUCCGCCACAACUUGAUGAAAUGCGUAAAGCCUUUAGGGACAAGGUGAAGUCCGGUAAAGCUAAAGAUCAGUCGGGCUUUGGUGGAAAGGGGUUGGAGCGUCUUGACCAGGAGAGAGAAGCAGCUCGCUUAAGAGAACGAAAAUCACAUAGGACGGAAGGGGAUGAAGAGGAGGAGAAGAAAGAAGAGAAAUCUGGAGAGGAUAAGAAGGGUGAUAAAGCCUUGUCGGCCAUUCAAACGGCUGCCUCGGGUAUCAUCUCUCGCGACUCUGCUGCUCCUCCCAAGGUUGACCUCGAGCCGAAAUUUACCAUUCAUAAAAGGGAAGACGCCCCGGCAUCCUCGAGUGGCAACAAUCCCUUGGACAAGGUCUCUUCCGCGAUCAAUGCUAUCAAUGCCCGUUUGGGCCGCGCUGGUCAAUUAAGACCAGGUCAACCAAUCGAUAAUAAGGGACCAGAUGCCGGUGCCUUCCAUGCAACGCUUGAGAUCAACGACUUCCCGCAAAAAGCGCGUUGGGCUGUCACUAAUAGAACUAAUGUAGCUAAGAUUCUCGAGGCUACCGGGACAUCUAUCACUAACAAAGGCACAUUCUACGCACCUGGAAAGGAGGUACCGCCUGGUGCUGACCCUAAGCUUUAUGUAUUGGUAGAGGGUGAUACAGAGCUAAUGGUCGCCAAUGCCAUGGCUGAGCUCACUCGCUUGUUGAAGGAGGGCACCAUAGCUGCGGCUGAUGCGGAUAGCAGGGCUCCUAUUGGUGGUAGAUAUACAGUCACGUAA